AUGCGGCCCCGUCACCACCCUCCAGCGGCCCCGUCGCCGCCCUUCCGCGGCCCCGUCGCCGCCCUUUCAGCGGCCCCGUCGCCGCCCUUCAGCGGCCCCGCCGAGUCGCCUUUGCUGCCGAGCUGCCGAGCCGCUGCGCCGCCGAGCCACCGAGCCGCUGAGCCGCCGAGCCGCCUGUGCUGCCGAGCCGCCGAGCCGCCUUUGCCGCCUAGCCGCGUUUUGCCGCCGAGCCGCAACGCAGCCGAGGCGCCGCGGCCUAUCGGCCUGCCCGGGUCCGCCUCACUUACCUGUGUUCUCACCUUUGACGCUGAGGGUCGGGCAGUUGACUUUGAGGUUUGGGUAGAUGAUCUGCAGCUUCUCCUACAGUGCGAUAGGGUAGACGGUCUCUCCCUGUUUGACCUCACUUUUGGUGCCUCUCCUGCCCCUGCUGCUGAUGCUGACGCCACUGUUCGCUCACAGUGGGCCACGCGCGAUGCUGCUGCUCGCCUUGCUGUGCGCCGCCACUUACCGACCACUGAGCGUGCACACUUUAGCCAGUACAAGAGUGCUCUGACCUUGUACGACGCUGCAUUUGCACGCUACUCUUCCCCUGCCACUGCUGGUCUGAGCUGCCUCAUGCUACCGUACCUCUUCCCCGACCUUGCUGCCUUUCCCACAGUCGCUGACCUCAUUACGCACCUCCGCACUAGUGACACUCGCUACCGCGCUGCGCUUCCUGCUGAGUUCUGCGCCAAGAACCCCCCCCCCCCCAUGUACAUCACCCUCUACUACAUAGUCACCCGGCUCCCUGACUCUCUCCGCGUAGUCAGGGACCACUUCCUCUCAGUUUGCCCCACCACUCUCACCGUUGACCUCCUUGAGAAGGCCCUCCUAGCAGCAGAGAAGAGUAUAGUCGCUGUAGGAGCCUCUCGUGGUGACCAUCGCACCCCCGUCUUUGAGGGGUGUUCUCCCUCUCCCCUCUUGCCCUCUGUUGCCUAUGCUGCUGCGGCCGACCUCGUUGGUUUCGAGUCGGUCGGCGCUGCAUCUGCCCCGAGCGGGAGACGCCGCACCGGCAAGGGCAAGGGGGGCAAGGGCGCUGGAGGGGCUGGCGGGGGCGGUGGAGGUGGUGGUGGAGGCAGUGGAGGGAGUGGGGGUGGUGGUGGGAGUGGUGCCGGGGGUGGCGGCGGCGGCGGCAGCAGUGGAGGCGGCGGAGGCGGCGGUGGUGGCGCAGGGAGCGGAGGCGGCGGAGGUGGCGGAGGAGGCGGAGGUGGAGGAGGCGGCGGAGGCGGUGGCGGCGGCGGCGGCGGUGGAGCGGGUCGCCACUCUGCGCAGAGGAGUGGCUCAGGUGAUGGUCCGCGCCAGCAGCAGCGGAGUGGUGUGACCCUGUCCCCCCAGCAGCUUCGUGAGUGGGCGGGGGUUGCCGUCUUUGAUCUUGACUAUGAUGCUAUUCUUGCUGCCAUGUAUUCUGUGACUACUAGUGUUGAGGGUGACUGUGACCUGUGUGUACCGCCUGACCCGGGCAUUGAGGCCACUGCUCUAGGUGCUGGUGAGGCUGCUGCUCUAGGUGCUAGUGUGUCUGCUGCCCCAGGUGCCAGUGCGUCUGCUGCCCCAGGUGCCAGUGCGUCUACUGCCCCAGGUGCUGGUGAGUCUGCUCUCCCAGGUACUACGUCGGCUCAGGCCUUCCACACCUUCACCCUUGACUCGGCUGCGUCCCGCUCCUUCUUUCGAGACCGCACCACUCUUACGCCGCUCAGUCGGCCGGUUGCAGUCUCCCUGGCAGACCCCUCUGGGGGUCCUAUCCUUGCUAGCUUCUCCACUGUCUUACCGUGCCCGGCAGCCCCCUCUGGCACCUCGUCAGGUCUCUACCUCCCCUCGUUCUCUACGAACUUGGUGAGUGGAGCGGACCUACAGGAUAGGGGGGUUGACCAGUUCACUCUUGCAAGUCAGCUAGUGACCCACCGCACGUGUACUCGGACAGGCCGACACUUGGCCACGUUCACCCGUCGGCCAGGGUCGAGCCUGUACACCCUUACUACUGAGUCUCCUCCGGUUGCUGAGUCUGCCCAGGUAGCUGCGUCGAGUCAGGUCAAAUAG